UAAAACGUUCGUUUGUUGAAAGAAAUUCAUUUACUGGUUUUCACACCACGCGCACUCGCUCCCAAACGCCAAUCUUGUCACAAUUAGAAUAAUUAGAGCACUAAUUAACAUUUUAUCGCCAUGGCAAUAGAAGCUUAAGUCGCGUUGUAAACAAUGUGGCUCGUGGUCCAUUUAAGAACGGUGUUUUGAAAAUAACUAUAAAAUUAUCAUGGUAGAAGUAGAACCAUCAUUAUUUCAAGAAAUAAAGAAGAAUAAGUUUUCUAAUAUUGCAAAAUUUAGCGAGGAAGAUGUUGCAGCCGUUUGGGAAAGCGUGUCGCAUUUCAUCGAAAGGCAAAUGACCAACCAAAAGGGAGUGAAUAUACCCAAUCUCGGCAGCUUCACAUUCUCUCAAAGAAACAUAGAUCUGGGUCACGCUCGUCAAAUCAUGGUGCAAAGGCCAAUCUUUCAGGUGGCCGAAAGUUUCGCUCAGAUGCAUGCUUUGAAUUAUACGAAGCACUACGUCACAGGUCAAAUACCAAUUCUGCCUCUUAAUUUCACCGCAAUUGCAACGGAGCUCCCUUACUCUCGAGAAUUAGUCGAAAGUUGCGUUAAAGAAGUCAUACAAGCUGUUUCGCGAUCCUUAUACGUCAAAAGAAACGUCGAGUUCGUCUUCGCCGGCAUCGGGUGUCUGUCUAUCCGAGAUUUGCGAGUGAAGAUGAAAUUCUUCAAGGAAUUUGUCAAAGGCAUUGAUAAAACAGGAGAGCUUGUGAAUGCUUUGAAAAACAGGCCAGAUACAAGUGAUUCAGUUUUCUCUGAUUAUCCGCUGAGACCGACGACUGGCAACACUCUCAUUCUUCCCAGGAUUGAUAUGAACUCUGACGAUAAGUCUGCAGAUGAAGACUGCUGUCCGACCGGAUCAGUGGCCACUCCGAAACCGACCAUGAACAAGGUCGACGAGAAUCUAUUAAAUGCUGCUGUCGUUGAACCAAACGCCGUUGAUAAAAAACUGAUAUCACCCACGUACGCAAACGUCGAUGGUAGAAAUCGAUUUCAGGCUGGCAUCUUGAAUCCACCUGGGACGAUUUUGGAUAAUCCAAAUGAGGUACCUCACCGUCCUUUGUCGUGCCCUCAUGCUAUCAAAUUACGUCGUUUGUCACGAACCUCGAACGGUCGCGAAGGGAUGCCAAAUCAUAGUGACGCUUCACCUCCAGCGACAACGGGAAAGAUUACUUUAAAAAGUCCCAACUUUAGAUGUUGUCAUAAUAACAAGGCCGGACAAGAGUUGUGUUACCUGUGUCAUCAGAGGAAAACAAAAAACAAACCUAUAUACUUUGCAGAAGAAAUGAGAAAACGUGCUGAGAACGACCGUUGCUUACAACAAUAUCAAUGUACCAAGGAUCAGGACGCCAUUCAUCAAGAAUACGUUAAACAGAUGGCAGAUAGGAAAAGAAACGAGGAAACGGCUGCUUUUAAUGUCGGGGUUUCAGAAGCCAUCAAUGAGAAGAAAAACACUCGUUCCACGGACUUUCAUAGAUCAUUUCUGUUUCGCAAUCGUCCAAUGUCACCCUUGUACUCCCAGAAGCAGGCAGAAUAUUCUAGUGACCUUAAACAACAGGUAGAAGAAAAGAAUCGAUUGUUCAGUAAGGAGAAAACGGAUAAAGAUAUACAGGAUCGGCUUGAACAAAUACAGUUGGCCGAAGAGCUUGCUAGACAACGUGAGCAGUUUAUUCAGGAUAAGAAGUUGAACAUGCAACACUACCGCGAUGCUUUGAAUUCUCAGGUUCUUUUCAAAUCUCUUCCUUUGCCGAUCGGCGAGCCCGAUCCGCCAGAGCCGGUCUUUGGUAGAAGUGAUGACAACCGAGAAAAAAUGAAAGAGAAACGGGAACAAGCGCGGAAAUUGUAUCACGAGCAGUUGGCGAUGGUGGCCGACAAAAAACGAGCCGCAAUUUUGAGCGAUCUCACCUCCCAACGCGAGGAAUCCGCAAUGUUGGACAAGAUUAAGAAAGAGUUGCAGCUCGAACGAGCGAAAACUUUCUACGAAGCAGUAAAAACGCGUCAUGCGCUUGAGAAAUCCUGGGCGGAGACAAUGCGCCAAAAAGCAGAACGAGAACACGAAGAAAAAGCGAGGACACGAUCGCCGGGGGUACUCAUACAAGCACAAUGCAACAAAUACAAUCGAUGUCAACAAUGUGGUAGGCGCCCUUGGAAUUGUGGGGAGUCGAACAUUUGGCGCGAAAGUCGGUACAUCGCUGGAUCAAGAUUGAUUAUUUAGAAUAGUGAUGUGAUGAAGAUAAGUUAUCAUCCACUGAUGAUGUGGACUGUAUUUUCUUGGUUACACGUAUGUACUCUGUAAAUUAUUUCACAGAUACGUGUUUAUGUGAUCGAUUGUGUUGUUUAAAGAGUUGCACGACUGGUUUGUUUUGGAAAAGUAUCAUGAUUGGGUGUUUCUUGAAAAAUUUCAUAAUUUGGUGCUUCUUAAAAAGUUAAAUCAAGUGUUUCUUAAGAAGUUACUUGAUUGGGUGCUUCUUUAAACGUUACAUGAUUGGGUGUUUCUUGAAAAGUUCCGUGAUUGGGUGUUUCUUCAAAAGCUACAUGAUUGGGUGUUUCUUUAAAUGUUACAUGAUUGGGUGCUUGCUUCUUAAGAAGUUAUAUGAUUGGGUGUUUCUUGAAAAGUCACAUGAUUGAGUGUUUCUCGAGAAAUUAAAAAGCUUGUCCAUCGAUCAAAGUUAAAGAGUUUGUCCAUAAAAUAAUGAAAUAAAAAGAUAAGAUAAAUGCAUUAUAAAAACAUGUAAGAAAUAGACUAAACGUCGAGUGUUAAAAAGCCCCUUUCAUGAAAAAUUUUUGAUAGCGAUAUUAAAUUUAGGUGUGAUUUUCAAUGUAUCAGUGAAAAAAGGUUUUUAAGUUUGUCAAAUCGUUCCAUUUUUAUUGCUAUUUAAAGUUAGCAAAAAUGUUUCUUCUAUGGACCUUGUCCGUCGCUCGAAAAGUCUGGAACGACUUACCUUUGCGACGUCAUUCAAGGGAUUCCUAAAUACAAAACAUACCAACUACCUUGGAUGACGUCAGAAUUUGGCUUGACCCAGACUUCAUGCCACGACGGACAUGGUCCAUUGAAAGGCAACUUUAAGCCUCCACAACAAGAAAACAAUUUGACCAAAUUGAAAAUUUUUUACCGAUAUGUUAGAUAUUACACCAAGUUUUGAUAUUGUUGAUGAGUUUGGGGAUUUGGCUUAAAUUGGUGGGAAAUGUCUAGAAACGGAAAGAAAUGCCGAUGGUCGGGAAAAAAUGUCGAGGUCGAAACAAAAUUUGUCGGAGAGAAUGAAAAAUAUCCUGAAAAUUUUGGCGGGCUUAAACAAAAUACUCGACGGGUGUCUAAGAAAUUGACAACGUAAAUUUGUUUUGUAAUGGUCGUUUUUUGCGAUAUUUCCGACAGCCGAUAACCUGCGCAUAUCAAAAGAAAAAAGUCAUUGUCAUUGUAUUGUAAAUAUGGCUGCAGGUGGCGCGAGAAGACACCUGCUUAAGCCGAUUUAAUAUCAUCGUGUUGAUAUCAUCAAUUCGUGGAUGAGUCUGGUUAAAAAAUUAUCAUGCACGAGAAAAGAUGAAUUUCCUCUUACGAUGUAGAUAGAUUUAAUUGUAAUUUGCGCAAGGUAAACUCCGUGAAAUGGCUAACUAUCGAUUCAAGAUGACAAAUGUUGUAGAUUUUUAUUGGCGUAUUGUGUAUUCAGGUUUUAUAAAGUGAAACGCCAGCGUAUUCGGCAAAUUUAUCCUCAAAUGUACUAUUAAAAUGUUCGGUGUCGUGAUAGAACGAAACGUUGGAAUGCAGUACGCAUGCUACAACUCAUUGCUCUAUAAAAGAAUACGUCAUAGGAAUUUAGUGUAUUUUUAUACACAACAAAAAGGAAGAAGGCGGAGGAAACGGAACGAUGCGAUUUGCAAAGGAAAUUUUUUAAACUAAAUUUGUUUUCAUCAUCUUCGACCUUCGAUAAUUAUUUUUCCACUCUCAACUCUUAACGACCGGCGUACAACUAGAAAAUGUGUUUGGUUGAAAAAUUCAUAAUUCUUUAAUUUAAGUUCCGUCUUUUUGUGCGCUUUGAAGAUAGCAAAUAACUCAUUGAGCGAAUUCCAUGGAUUUUAGUGGGGGCGACAACAUUCUAACUAAAAUUCCAAUUGAAAAUUACUCAGUUGAAGUUUGUACGGCUUUGUUGUGCAUCUUUUGGUAUCAUGCAAUGAAUCUUUGAAAUUCCACCGCAUUCCAAAAUUAGUCAUGCUUACUAUACAUUUUGGUCGUAUGAAGAACACAAACGGAGAAGAAAUAUUUCAACGAUGAACUUUAAAUCCAAUAUAGGGCGUCAAGCCUUCUGUUUAUUCUUUAUAAUGAUCCUAUGUAUAUAUAUUUUAAAUUCACUCAUAAAGGUAUAAACCGUAGCUUAUUUCCAUAAAUAUCUUUGUAAUUAUGGCCUGCAUAAUAUAGCUAUCCAACCUAA